CCUCACAGCUUAAGAAAUGGCUUUGCUUUCAGAAUAUGCACUGCACAUGUCUCGUCUAAGUGCCCGGAUCUUUGGUGAAGUGGCCAGGCCUACCGAUUCAAAGUCCAUGAAAGUGGUGAAUAUGUUCAGGGAGCAGCCCUUGGCCAAAAAGAAAGAGACUUAUGACUGGUAUCCAAAUCACAACACGUAUUUUGCACUCAUGGGCACACUCCAUUUCCUUGGCCUCUACAGACAUGAGCAUCAGGAUUUUAAGGAUGAGCAAAGAUGUCUAAAGAAGCUCCGUGGGAAGGUGAAACCAAAGAAAGGAGAAGGGAAAAGAGCUACAACAAAGAAAUAG